AUGUCGAAAGGUACCUCGUCCUUCGGUAAGAGACACACCAAGACCCACACCCUCUGCCGCCGAUGUGGCAACCGGGCCUUCCACAGACAGCACAAAACCUGCGCACAAUGCGGCUACCCCUCUGCUAAGCUGAGGUCAUUCGAGUGGGGACAGAAGGCCAAGCGCCGAAAGACUACCGGCACUGGCAGGAUGAGGUACCUCAAGGAUGUGUCGCGAAGAUUCAAGAAUGGCUUCAGAGAAAACACGGUCGCCAAGAAGCGAUCCAAGCCUACCACCUCGGAGUAA